AUGGGAAAUACAGUGAUAAAGCCAGUAACUGACCCUGAGAAGGGCCUUUUCCCCUCGGGGAUGACCCCAGCCAUGCGUAAAUAUCGACCCAAACCUAAGCCAAAGCCAAAAGAAUAUCAAUCGUCUUACAAACAAGGGGACUGGAAGCCGCUGAGACGACCGAAGGAAAAACCAGCGCCGGUGGUGCGGACGAAAAAGAUGUGUGAACCAAUGGAACCAUAUCCCGAUCCGUUUAUUGGAGGAUAUGAGCUUGCAAAUAUGGUCGAAGUUGAUCUCAGAAGAAAUAUUCCAGUUACCGAGAUUCUUGCUGAACCAGAGCCUGAGCCAGAGCCUGAACCAGAACCUGAUCCGGAACCAGCGCCGGAACCAGAGCCUGAACCAAUUAUUGAACCACUCAUUGAAAUGCCACCGUUGAUUACCGAAUAUAUUCCAGUAAAAACACUCGACACAUUCACAAAAUUCGAGCGCUGUUGGUACUCAAUCCUUAUUAUGGGACUCAUCAUUUCGGCAUUAAUUUCGAUCAUUAUUCAUCCAAACAAAGCUCACCCAGAGAAUUAUUACAUCUUUAUGCAAGACGAUUUUUAUAACCCGGGGAAUUUAACUGGUCAAAUUUAUGGCCUCACAAGAAUGAGCCAAAACGACGUGGACAAAACAUGCUUGAAUUUUCAAAAUCAGUGGGAAGAUCAUUUUUAUAAUCUAACAUUAUUGGAACAUUAUGGGAACGAAAAUCUAACAGAUUACCCAGACCUUGCGAAUCAAUGUGCAAAUUUUACCUACUACCAACCGGCGAAUCCUCUUGAUGACAUAAUGUAUAACUCUCUCCUUUUUCUUCGAAAUGAGGUUUUCGAUUCUGAUGAAGAAGUCACGAUUCAUGAUCCUGUCCACGAAGACGAAGCCUGUAGAUACACAAAGACAGUCAAGUAA